GUUGCGUUUGGUAAAGCCCAGCCCCGAGCGCAGAGAUCCUCGGAGCGCGAUGAAGUAGGCUCCGGGGCGGAGGGAGGGGGCUCGUCCCACAGCCACAGCCACCGCGGCCAGCGCGGCGGCCGCACCACCCGCGCUCGCACCCCAGCCGCCGGCCCGCGAGGAGGCAGCGCGGCGGCCGCCGGCUAGAGCGGAGGCGGCGGCGGCGGCGGCGGCGGGGAGGCGGAGAGGAGCCGCAGCCGGAGCGGCGGGCGCGCGCAGCCGGCGGGUCCACGCACCUCGGCACUUCCAGAGCAACUCCGGCGCCUUCCAGACCCCUGCCCGGGGCGGGGGGCCCCGAGAGCCGCCGCGGAGCCCGCCCGCUCGUCCCCCCACCCGAGCCCUGCGCAGCCCUGCCCGGCGCCUCCCGCGCUCCGCUCGGCGCGGCAGGGUCCCGGCUCCUGCGCCCCGGCGCGCCUCCCGGACAGCCCGGUCCCCGUAGCCUGGACAAAGCCAUGAAGCCGGCGCUGCUGGAAGUGAUGAGGAUGAACAGAAUUUGCCGGAUGGUGCUGGCCACUUGCUUGGGAUCCUUUAUCCUGGUCAUCUUCUAUUUCCAAAGUAUGUUGCACCCAGUCAUGCGGAGGAACCCCUUUGGUGUGGACAUCUGCUGCCGGAAGGGGUCUCGAAGCCCCCUGCAGGAACUCUACAACCCAACUCAACUGGAGCUCUCCAACACCAAUAUCCUGCACCAGAUGAGGCGUGACCAGGUCACAGACACCUGUCGCGCCAACAGCGCCCUGAGCCGCAAGCGGCGCGUGCUGACCCCCAACGACCUGAAGCACCUGGUGGUGGACGAGGACCAUGAGCUCAUCUACUGCUACGUGCCCAAGGUGGCGUGUACCAACUGGAAGCGGCUCAUGAUGGUGCUCACGGGCCGGGGCAAGUACAGUGACCCCAUGGAGAUCCCGGCCAACGAGGCGCACGUGUCAGCCAACCUCAAGACCCUGAACCAGUACAGCAUCCCGGAAAUCAACCACCGCUUGAAAAGCUACAUGAAGUUCCUGUUCGUGCGGGAGCCCUUUGAGCGCCUGGUGUCAGCCUACCGCAACAAGUUCACACAGAAAUACAACACGUCCUUCCACAAGCGCUACGGCACCAAGAUCAUCCGGCGCCAGCGCAAGAAUGCCACCCAGGAGGCGCUGCGCAGGGGUGACGAUGUCAGGUUCGAGGAGUUUGUGGCCUAUCUCAUCGACCCCCACACACAGCGCGAGGAGCCUUUCAACGAGCACUGGCAGACAGUGCACUCGCUCUGCCACCCGUGCCACAUCCACUACGACCUCGUGGGCAAGUAUGAGACGCUGGAGGAGGACUCGAACUACGUCCUGCGGCUGGCGGGCGUGGGCAGCUACCUGAAGUUCCCCACCUAUGCCAAGUCUACGAGAACUACUGACGAAAUGACCACAGAGUUCUUCCAGAACAUCAGCUCAGAGCACCAAACGCAGCUGUAUGAAGUCUACAAACUCGAUUUUUUAAUGUUCAAUUACUCAGUGCCAAGCUACCUGAAAUUGGAAUAAAGGGGGUGGGAGAGGGAGAGGAUCGUGCUUUUUAAUUUAAGAUUUUUAUUUGUCAAAAGAAUUAUAUGGAUAUUGGGUUAUUUUGUAAAGUAAUAUUUCUUUGGGGAUGAUGCUGCGAGCAGCAUGGUGAGAAUUAUUUAAAAUCCUUAGUAGGGAAGGACGGCUGUCUUUGCAAGAGAAUAAGAUGGGUGUCCUUGUGUUUAGACGUAAAUACCUACCUGCAACACUGUCUUAAAGGUUUCCUUGUGCUCUGGUGAAUCCCAUGAAUUGUGCAUCCCAUAAAUUCUAAUUAAUAUUAUUUAUAGUUAUUUAAACAUGGUCUCUGUAUAGAUUUCUUUUUGUGGCAGCAAGAUUCAAAUGUCUUUGCAGAAGAAAUGUGUGUUUUGUUCUACGCUUGCUACAGCUCAUUUGGGGGCGUGAAUGUUCUCCUUAACCGCUCAGAGAGUUAACUGUGAUAACAGCCAUUGUGAUGUCUGUUGAUGCCACCAUUCUUGGAAGUCUGUGAGAAAUAAAUAGAGAAAGGCACCUUUGCAGGGGACCAUUCCAAACAGAUUCCAAGCAACCCAAGAGUCCCUCGCACUAAGAAAAAAUGUGAUUUUUUUUUUUAACCCAAGGAGAAGAGCUGAUUAUAGCUUUUUUUUUCUUCUUUUUUUUUUCAUCAGAAUUAGCAGUCUGAUAGAAUCGGCUUUUCUACGAAAUUUUUAACUGGCACUGCCAGUUGUGAUGGUGAAGUGGCUGUUGCUUUAUAGUCGACAAGUAUUUGUUGAACAACUACUCUGUGCCAGACCUAAAUGUAGGCCCUGGGGAUAGAGCAUUUAACAAAACCAGUAGUCUCGGCCCUCAAGAAGCUUUAUGUGGACGCAAUAUCCACCUCAACAAUUAGCAAACCCCUCAUAUUCGUAGGGGUCCAUGACCCCUACAAAUUUGCAUUUUCCUCUGGCCCAAAUUUUGAAAACCCCACACUGAGAACAGGCCACUUAACUUGGUGAGUAAUCCAGGCUCACCGUCCAACACGGGAGAAGACAGAGUGUUUCCCAUCAUGUGCGCUCCAGUGUACUGGGGAAGCCCCGGGACCAGACCCGCCGGGCACAGCAUGCAAGGGUGGGAAGGGGACCUUCACCAAGCGCCUCCUGUCACAUCAGCCUCCGCGUGGGAGUGUUCUCUCCUCUGCUGCGGAAAGCGUGAGAGGCUGCAGCAGGCCUCGCACACCCGCGGUUGGCGGUCGCCCCGCACUCCUCCUCUGGCCAAGGUCACAGCAGGAUCCACUCACUGCACAUGCACACGUGCUCCAGAGCCUGCAGAGGCCGAGGCCGUGGGCACCGUGGCGAGCACCAUGCACAAGCAGCAAGGACAGCCUUCCGUGGCUGGACCCCACGCCCCCCUUUCCUCCGGAAGGCCAGGAACACUCCUGUUCCUCGCUCAUUACCAUCUGCACAUGCUUCUCACUUCUGGCCAUGGUGAUGUCUCAGUUGAAGUUUGAGCCACAUCCCUCUUACAGCUAGUGAAUGAAUUGGUAGCAAAUCCUGUAUAUAAUAAUAAUUACAGU